AUGCUGUUGAGGUCAGCCCAACAAGGGGCGGGCGCCCGAUCAGCUCUGCUACCUCUGCUGCGGCGGAGGAUAACGCCAACCGGGGGGAGGAGAUUCCCACUAAAUAAAAAUAAUUCCGGGGCCCGACCGACGCAGAACCGCAUGCUCGUGUCGGCGCCCAAAGCCGGCGACGGGCCGUUGAUGGAACGCCGCGCCGACCGGGAACUGCCAAGCCUCGAGCAGACCACCUUCCGCUGGUCGCGCACGCUCCCAAUCUUCGCCGCCGUCAUCGCCGUCGCCUCGGUCGCCAUCUUCAACUACCAGAAGCUGUCUAGCCCCGUCGUCGGCGCCACCCUCUACGCCCUGCGCACCUCGGACAAGGCCCGCGCCGUCCUGGGCGACGAGAUCUACUUUGCCCAGCAGAUCCCCUGGAUCUCGGGCGAGAUGAACCAGCUGCACGGCCGCAUCGACAUAUCCUUCCGUGUCAAGGGCACCAAGGCCGGCGGCGUCAUGAGGUUCGCCAGCUUCCGCCCCACCCCGAAGGGCAUGUUCGAGACGACCGAGUGGAGCCUCGAGACGGACGACGGCACAGUCAUCGACCUGCUCGAGGACGGCGACCCGUUUGCGGUUACCAUGGCCACGCCGGACCUUCCCAUGGGGGACGUGGAUGUGGAGGAGGAGCCAGUUCCGAGGGGGUUCAGGAAGAUGACCAAAUGA